GUCCCAGUUGUGCCCACGUCCCCAACCCUGGGGGUCCCCGUGUCCCCAGUCCCAGUUGUGCCCAUGUCCCCAACCCUGGGGGUCCCCGUGUCCCCAGUCCCAGUUGUGCCCACGUCCCCAACCCUGGGGGACCCCGUGUCCCCGAUCCUACAGAUGUUCCAUGUCUCUAUAAGUGUCCCCAUGAAUCUCCAUGGCCCCCCAUGUCCCCAACCCUUCUUGUCCCCAUCCCCGAGGGUCCCUAAUCCCACAGGUGUCCCCGUGAACCCAGGAGGUCCCCAUGAACCCUGAGGGUCCCCAUGUCCCCAGUCCUACAGGUCCCCAUGUCUCCAACCAUGGGGACCUCCAUGUCCCCCCUCCUAGUGGCAUCCAUGUCCCCAGUCUUGGGGGUCCCCAUGUCCCAGUGGUCCCCACGUCUCCAAUCCCAGUGGUGUCCAUAUCCCCAGUCCUGCAGGUCCCCAUGUCCCCAUCCCCGAGGGUCCCUAAUCCCACAGGUGUCCCCAUGAACCCUGGGGGUCCCCAUGAACCCUGGGGGUCCCCAUGUCCCCAGUCCUUCAGGUCCCCAAUGUCUCCAACCAUGAGGAGCCCCAUGUCCCCAAUUCCAGUGACCCCCACCCAUGGGUGUCCCCACAUCCCCAACCCCAUGUCACCCAUAUCCCCAACCCACGGUUGCGACGUCCCCAUGCCACAAAUGCCACCACACGAUGUCCCCACCCCCCCCCGUGCCCCCAGGUGGUGAAUGAGGGUCCCAGUGCCAUCAGCCAUGGCACCCUGGAGCUCAGCUGCCCCCUGAUGCUCGGUGAUCACCCCGUGCUUUACAUCGUCGGCCAUUCGGGGCCACGGAACUGCAGUGCCAGCCACAGCCUGGACAGACUGCAGUUGGCGGAACAGGAGCAGAGCCAGCACAGCCACGCACUGCAGCGCCGGGACACGCGGGGGGGGGUUGGUCCUCCCGGCCCCCCCAGCACUCUGGGCUGCCCCGAGGCGGAGUGCUUCAGGCUGAGCUGCCCCAUGGGGGGGUUGGAGAAGCAGCAGAGGGCGAUUCUGCACCUCAGCGCCCGACUGUGGGCACGAUCCUUCCUGCAGCGGGAGGUGCGGGCGCAGGCGCUGCGCUGCGAUGCUGAGUACCGGGUGCUGAGGCUGCCAUACCGGGUGCGGCCCCCCCAUUACCCCAGCCAGAGUCUGCAGGUGGUGACGGGGUUGCAGUGGGCGCGUGCUGAGAGCAGUGCAGGGGUCCCGGUGUGGGUGGUGGUGCUGGCGGUGCUGCUGGGGCUGCUGCUGCUCGCCCUGCUCAGCUACGGCCUCUACAAGCUGGGCUUCUUCAAGCGCUCGGUGCCCUAUGGCACAGCCAUGGAGAAGGCACAGCUGAAGCCCCAGGCGGCCUCGGAGGCCUAAAGGGGUCCCCGCACCGCCGGCGUCACCCGGACGGCGCCGUCACACCGGGCACGGCUACAGCGGGUGCCAACAGCUGGGACAGAUGGCAGCACCGGAGCGGGAGCACCGAACCCGGCGGCACCGCUGGAUGGCACCGGGGUGGGCACCACCGGCACGAGUGGCAGCGCCAGAGCUGUUCCUGUUGGGCACCGCCGCCGUGCAGGGGACGAUGCUGCCAUGGGUGAUGGCACCGUGAUGGGCAGCGCUGCGCCCACAGCGGCACCGCGAUGGGGGUCACCGUGAUGGCACUGCUGUGCCAACGCUGUCACCGUGAUGGGUAUCACUGCCAUGGCACUGCUGUGCCAACGCUGUCACCGUGAUGGACGUCACCGUGAUGGCACUGCUGUGCCAACACUGUCACCAUGAUGGGUACCAACAUCAUGGCGCUGCUGUGCCAACACUGUCACCACGAUGAGCAUCACCAUGAUGGCACCACUGUGCCAACACUGUCACCGUGAUGGACGUCACUGUGAUGGCACUGCUGUGCCUACAGUGUCACCGUGAUGGGUACCAACAUCAUGGCGCUGCUGUGCCAACACUGUCACCACGAUGAGCAUCACCAUGAUGGCAUCACUGUACCAACACUGUCACCCUGAUGGACAUCACCAUGAUGGCACCACUGUGCCUACAGUGUCACCGUGAUGGAUGUCACUGUGACGGCACCGCUGUGCCAAGACUGUCACCAUGAUGGGCAUCACCAUGACAGCAGUACUGCGCCAACAGCGUCACAGUGAUGGGUGUCACCACAACAGCACUGCUGUACCUCUACCACCACCAUGAUGGGCAUCACCAUGACGACACCACUCUACCAACCCUGUCACCGUGACGGAUUGGCACCGCGACGGCACCGCUGUGCCACCCCGUGUUCACCACAAUGGAUGUCACCACGACGGCACUGCUGUACCAACCCUGUCACCAUGCUGGAUGUCACCACGAUGGCACUGCUGUGCCAAAUCUGUCCCCGCAUCACCCCGGACCACCCCGGACUGUUGUCACAGUGCCACGCUCUGCACUGCUGGUGCCCCCCAGCGCGGGCACCUCACUUUGCACUGAGCCCGCGCCCCUCAUU